AAGAAAAUGGAAGGCGGGGGUAAAAUAGAAAAAGAGAUGAUUUUUGGAUAGAUAGAGCUGAGGAAAACAAAAGGAUGACGACAGCUCAGAGUCUGUCCUCCUCCUCUAUUCUACUACCACUGCUUUCCCCUGCACCGCCGUUUCACCGUUGCAUUGCUCGUUCCCAACUUUCCGAUUUUCAGUUCUCCCCUAAACUUCCAUCAAUUACAUUUUCCUCUCACAAUUUUUCUAAACGUUCAAGGACUAGUCCACUUCGUGGAAUCAAUUCAAAUGACCCAAAAGAGUCGGGGUUCUUUGAUGAAAACGGCGUCGUUGAGGAUAUGGAUACCUAUCUUAAUUAUCUUUCCCUUGAAUAUGAUUCUGUCUGGGACACCAAGCCCUCCUGGUGUCAACCUUGGACAAUAACUCUCACUGGAACAGUGAUAAUUAGCUUGAGCUGGCUGAUUCUGCACUCGGCUAUAGCCACUGGAGUGGUGAUGACUAUAAUUGGGGCAUGGUGGUACAUCUUUCUUUAUUCUUACCCCAAGGCAUAUUCAGAUAUGAUUGAGGAGAGAAGAAAGAGGGUGACAAAUGGUCAAGAAGAUACAUAUGGAGCGAGGAAGAGCCAGUAAUGGAAGGGAUGCUGCUUGGGCAGCAAUAUUCUGUUAGGUGGAGCAAGGUGGGGGAUGAUAUGAUUGAGAUAAGAAAGAGGGUGACAAAAGGUCUAGAAGAUACAUAUGGAGCAAGGAAAAACCAGUAACGGAAGGGACACUGCUGGGGAGCAAUAUGCAUAAUGAGUUUGGCGUUGAUUCAUUCACAAAAUUUGCAGUUUUAUACUGUGAAUCUCAGGACACAAUAGGCAGAUCAAUGUUUAAUUUAUAACUAACUUAAAUUUUUGCCCUUGCUGUAAAUGGUGGACCCCUGGAGGGCUCUUCAUAUGAAUGAAACAGGAUGUUCUAUUCAUAUAAUUUAACUUCUCUACA